AUGGGGCAGAAACCAUCACGACAGCCGGCUCUGAAUGACAGCACAGAGGUUUUCAGUGUCUGCGAGGUGGUCAGUGAGGCGAUAGUCCACGCGGCCGAGAAACUGAAGGACUAUCUCGGAUUUGAAGACUCUCUGAGCCACCUAUGCCCAGCUGCGAACACUCUGAAUGAGAUCUUCCUAGUCCACUUUGUCACCUUCCGCCAGGAAAAGGGGGUUGAUGAGUGGCUCACCACCACCAAGAUGUCCAAGCACCAAGCCGUACUGUUUGGGGCGGACUGGAUUUGGACCUUCUGGGGAUCCGAUAAACGAAUACGGCUGCAGCUGGCAGUGCAGACUCUGCAGAUGUCUACUCUUCCUCCUGCGCAACCUAAGCCUUGCGACUCCUCACAUCCAGAAUCCAGGCCAGAGGAGUCUUCCAGGAAGAGGAGUCGAUCUGAUAAGCUGGAAGGUUUCUGUGACUUGACAGGAGAGGAUUGCCUGGGUCUGUUUAUCAGUUUUGGUGUGCCUGGAAAGCCCAAAGACAUCAGAGGAGUUAUCCUGGACAGUGUCAAACGUGAGACAGCGCCGGGCCAUCUGCCAGGAGCGAGGGCCGUGGCGCGAUUUGUCCUGGAAACUGAAGACUGUGUCUCCAUCAGAGAGCUGCUGGGAAUCUGUCUGAGUAAGAAAGAUGGGCUGAGAGAAGUGGGCAAGGUUUAUAUCAGCAUCCCCUGAGCUGGAUGUGCGUAACUAGA